CUCCCUCUGUCUCUCGAAAAAAUAAACAAAUGUUAAAAUUUAAAAAAUAAAAAUAAAACUAAAGAUAAUGAGAGGUUUAAAAUCAAUGAUUAUUCUCAUUUCAAAAGAAAUAAGACAUCAUUGGAAGGGUUGCAUUUACAAUCAUCACAUAGCUGCAUGAUCAGUCAAAAAUGUAUUAUUUUCAGAAGACUGAGGCUACCCGGUGUGGCUCUCCAGGUUGCUCUGUCCACCGAUUUAUGAUUUUCUGCCGUAUCUUUACAAAAAUGGCAACUAAUGGUGCUGUUCUGAAGAGACUGGAACAGAAGGGUGCAGAAGCAGAUCAAAUUAUUGAAUAUUUAAAGCAGCAAGUUGCUCUUCUUAAGGAGAAAGCAAUUUUGCAGGCAACUUUAGAGAAGAAACUUCCAGUUGAAAAUGCUAAAUUAAAGAAAGAAAUUGAAGAAUUGAAACAAGAGCUAGUUCAGGCAGAAAUUCAAAAUGGAGUGAAACAAAUACCAUUCCCAACUGGUACUCUACUGCAAGCUAAUUCCACGGUUUCUGAAAAAGUGAUACAGUCUAUACCAAUAAGAACUGUAUCUUCUGGUGACAAAGAACAGAUAACAGGAGGAAGAGCGGAAGAAAAGAUGAAAGAGAAAAUUGAAAUGAAAGAGAAAAAGGAGAAAAAACAAUCAAUAGCAGGAAGUGCUGACUCUAAGCCAAUAGAUGUUUCUCAUCUGGAUCUUGGAGUUGGUUGCAUCAUUACUGCCAGAAAACAUCCUGAUGCAGAUUCUUUACAUGUAGAAGAAGUAGAUGUUGGAGAAACAGCCCCAAGAACAGUUGUCAGUGGCCUGGUGAAUCAUGUUCCUCUUGAACAGAUGCAAAAUAGGAUGGUGAUUUUACUUUGUAACCUGAAACCUGCAAAGAUGGGGGGAGUAAUAUCUCAGGCAAUGGUAAUGUGUGCUAGUUCACCUGAGAAGGUUGAAAUCUUGGCACCUCCUACUGGGUCUGUUCCUGGAGACAGAAUUGUUUUUGAUGCUUUUCCUGGAGAGCCUGACAAGGAGCUAAAUCCUAAGAAGAAGAUUUGGGAGCAGAUCCAGCCAGAUCUCUGCACUAAUGAUGAGUGUGUGGCUACAUACAAAGGAGUUCCCUUUGGGGUGAAAGGGAGGGGAGUGUGUAGGGCUCCAACUAUGACCAACAGUGGAAUAAAAUAAAAUAAAAUAAAAUAAAAUAAAAUAAAAUAAAAUAAAAUACUCAUUUACUGAAAUACAUCGGAGAAAACUUUAA